GUCAGGUGCUCGAUUGCCUUCUGCUAAGAAUCAUAGAUAGUUGGUAUUCGCCUCGCUCGUUCGAUCUAACAGUGUUAAUCAAAUUGUUUUUUCAGAAGAAUUUAUUAUCAUGACAGUACCACGUCGUACCUUAAUUUUAACUUUUUUAAUUAUAGUAUUGUGUAAUAUUUUUACGGCAAGAUGUAAUAUUUUUUCGGGCGAUGCAGUACCUGUAUUAUUAUGGGGUAGCUCACCCGAGUUUGAUUUUCGUCCAAGUGCAGUUAAUCCACUUUCGAAAACCUCUCAAGCGGAAUUUAAUCAAAUUUUGAAUAGUAAAACGGAUAAUUUGCAACCACCACUUCUUGUUUUUGUGAAAGAUAGUUUAUGUGUUGAAGAUCUCACGCAACACAAAGAAGAUCUUCGACAAGUGACAAACAGAAGUUUAUUGGCGUACUUGCCUGCAGUUGAAAAUCCCCUUUCUGUAUUCGAAGAUUUUCCUUCAUAUAAUCGAAGUUAUGAUGAUAAUGUAGACUCUGUAUCAGAUAGCCAGUUGGUAAUUAAACCAAUCACAACUUUAGAUGCUAUUUCUGAAAUAUAUAGAAGUAUCAAAGAUUCUAGUCCAAAUUUAAUUGCCGCACUUACUGGAAGAUCUUGCAGUUAUAGUCGUUCUGAACGCAUAAGAAGAGCAACCGUAGACAAUAAUUCUGAUACAUAUAAAAGUAAAGAUUUUAAUCCAAAUGCUUCAGUUAUGAUAUAUAGUUGUAAUAUAAGUAAGAAUUCUAACGAGUUCAUUGUCAGAGGAGAAAAAGUACUUUUAUAUGGAAGUCAGCUUCCAUCUAUAAAGAUUAAAGACAUGGAUUUCAAAAAUCUUUCCAGUAUAACUUCGUGUAAAGAAAUUUUGGAUCAAUUUAACAAUAUUAAUUUAACUUUAACAUUUAACGGAAUUGAUAAUAACAUGGAACAGGUAGUCCUUGACUUUAAUAUUAAAAAUCCAUCAUCUGGGUAUUAUUCUAUGAAAAGUGUAAUUUAUAAACCAAAUAAUGCGAAUCCUGAGGUUUUAACGUCUAAACUAGAUAUAGUAUUUCCAUUUAAUUUUUCUUAUCAUUGCUCAAAUGAAAUAAUAUUUUCUGAAAAUACUACUAUAUUAAAAAUCCCAAAUAUGCAAAUACAAGUUGAUGCUAAGAAAUUUGGAGAUGCAUAUGAUUGUGUUAAUUUUACUACAAUUCCAAUUUGGACAGGAAUUUUUGUUACUGCCAUGUUAGGUUCGAUUAUGAUUUGGGCAAUCAUAAUGAUUAUGGAUAUUCGUACUAUGGAUAGAUUUGAUGAUCCAAAAGGUAAAACUAUUACUAUUUCUGCUCUAGAAUGAGAUUAAAUAUAAUGAAUAAGAUAUUUAUAUAAUAUGAAUCGUAAGUAAAUAUGUGUUAGGAUAUAUUAAAAACAUAAAAGUGUAUCAUAAUGUACUAUUACAUCAUUAUGAUUUAAUAUCCUUGUAUGCAAAACUUCGUCUAUGAAAAAUUAUAUACAAACUGUGUUUCAUAUAUUUAUCUAGUGUUAGCAAAAUUAAAAUGUAAACGAAAUUUAUCUUACAGAAAUCUAUAUACCAUUCCAUUUAUAUAAUAAUAUAUCAUUUAUAAUAUUUAUAUUUCUAAUGAUAAUGAAUAAUAAUAUUUGAAAAACAUAAUUAUGAACAUUAUAUAUCAGAUAAAAAAGAUCUGUAAAUUAUUAAAUAAAAAAAAUAUAAUUUAUAGCUUGUUUCAAGUAAUAUGAAAUACGUUGCACAGUGAUAGUGAACUUUCUGAAGAUUUGUCAUAGACUGCAUAUUUACAUAUUUUUGUUAGAUAUAUUAAUGAACAAUCUAAUAUCUUGUAAAAUAAAUUAUGCCUUGUUGAAAUUUCAAAUUUCCAACAAAAUUGUUAGUAAUCUAUAAAAUAUUUUAGUGUAAAAUGUUGUUUAUUUGUACAAUUUUCUUUAUCAUAAAUGACUUUUAUUUGAUUAGAAAAAUAUAAAAUAUAUACGUAUAUAUAAUAAUAAAGUCAUUAAAUUGUAAUAUUACGAAAUACAUGUAGGAGCAUGAACUCCAUGUAUUACCAUAAAUACCAUUGAAAAUGGCGGUAGAAUAAUAAUUUGAGUAGGAUUUGCAAUUAUAGGAUGGAAAGGUGGUAAUUUACCAUCAUUUUGUAGUUUCAAUAUUUCUCCAUUCAUUCUUAAGUUCCUAGAAAUAAGUAAUAAAUAAUUAUUAAGAUUAUUAGUAUAAUUUGAACUAGCAACUAUUAUACCUCUGUAUAUAUAUAUAUGUAUGUAUGUAUAUAUAUAUGUGUGUGUAUAUAUAUAUAUUGUAAAAAUUCUUCAUUUUUAUUUUUAAUUUAAUUAAUUACCAUAAGUUAUUGUUAAAAUUUAGAAAUUGUAUAAAAAACAUAAUAAAUAUACUUAAUAUUGUCGAACCUCGAUAACUUGAAUCUUAAGAGAAAAACUAAAAUUAUGGAGGUAUCAUUUUACCAAAGUUUUCAAGUAAAAAAGUCGAAAACGAACAAAAAUUCGGCUUACAAAAGCUUUUGUACAUGAAUUUGUAUUUUUAUUUUAAUUAUAGAGGUUUGAAGAAAAAUAAAUUUAAUGUUCUGAGAUCAA